AUGGCAGGCUACGCUCCCGCGCAUGACAUCCAGGAUGGUGGGCUCAAUUUCGAGGAAGCAUGCGCGCAUGCAUCUGGACAAAAAAUUCAAGACCCAGAAAGCAAGCCCAUCCAAUCGGACCGCGCCGUAGGUGAUUGUCAAGUCUCAGACCUUCCCAUCCGCCAUCUCGAGCCUACCGCAGCCAAGAUCGAACAGCUUGCUGACGUUAUCAGCAGUCACCCACUCGACGUGACGCCUGCCAUGUCCGAUCAAAUCUACAAGCUGUGCUAUGACCGUAAGCACGGCCAGCUUCCUGAUGCUGACCCGAACCAUGCCUACUACCACAUCGUGAAGCACGUCCAUCUUCAUCGCAACAAGGUUGCUUCCAAGGAUUGCUUCAACAUGUGUAGGGGCAACGCAGUGCGUUUCGAGUGGGACAAACGUGUUCGGCAUGGCUCAGCAGCUCUCAACUUCAUGAUGGAUCGAAUGGGCUAUGACUUCAUCCGCACCUUAGGGUCCAGUUGCAAUAAUCGGAACCAAUUCAUGGAGUGGACUGAUGAACAAAUCCAUACUCCUGGCGGCAAGUUCGAAAACUGGCCCAAGGGGAAGGUCAAGGAGGCCCUUCGCAACUACAUGAAGGGCCGGCAGAACGCCAAGACUGUAGAGUUUUGGCCAUUUACCUUCAAGACUUUCGUGCCAUGGUUUUUGGCUCGGGUCCUCACCACGAUGUUGUCCACCAUGCGCCAACAUGCCAUCACGUGGAUUCGCCGUGCUCGGACAAGCAAAUCCGUUGGCUCCAAGACCCUCCUCUUCAUGCAGUCAAAGUACGAGAUCGAUGAGGCCCAUCGCGCAGAUCUCGUUCGUUCCAGUGUAACAGCAAAGCACCUCGAUUUUUUCAAGGCUGCGCCAGGUGUCUUUGACGAUGGUAUGUUGCAACGCAUGGAAACGUCCUUCCUCAACGCGUUCCUGAACCCAUCCGAAGAAGGCGCGUCUGUGUGGGCUCGGUACUUGCCAGCGCAGUGGGAUCAGGGGUCGGGGCGACAUGACUGCAACAACCUGUACGACAGGGACACUGAUGAGAAGGUCUACAAACAAAUGAAGGCUUCAUGUUUGUGGCAGAACACUCACGAGGACUUCUUGAAGAUCAUCAAACCCUCAUUCUUUGCUGUUGAUGAGGAUGAGGAUCUUGAUGCUAUCUUGGCCAAAACGAUCUCGUAUGGUCCCAAGAACUUCCCCGCCGUCUCCUACAUGGUGAGCGCGUACCGCGGAGUUCAACAGUGCACAGCGGUCAAGCAGGAAAAAGUCCAGCGCGUGUUCCGGUCUUUGAAAGCUACCCCGCUCACCGCCGUCGAGCCCGAUUCCCCGUCGCCCAAAAACAUUCACGCAACGUCGUCCUCUAUGUUGCCCCCAUCGAAGCGCGUCAAAGGCCCAGUGAAUCCCGAUCCGGGUCUUGUUUCUGGUCCAGAUUCGGGUGAUAAAGACGUUAUGCCCCAGAUCGGCCAUCGACCUGAUGAACUGGAGCAGAACUCGAGAGACUCAUGGAUGAGCAGGAUCAGUAGGGUGAUGUCAUGGGUACUAAGGCCUGAGAGGCAAUAG